AUUUGUCUGAUACCACCUGCAGUUCUCUAUCUACAACAGCCCUUCCAUGAUGACACUCUCAGAGUUUUGUUAAGAGAUGGAAGCGGGACCAAAUCUGACGGACACGGCUGCCUCGUCAUUCUGUAUGCAGGACAAACCUGGAUAUAUCUGCGUCAAGCUAGUAUCAGCCGAUAUAUCGCAUUCCUGUUGCAGUGUAAUGGCAGGUUGGGCUGCUGCUUCCUCCGGGCUGACGGAGACAGAUUAUGAACAUACACUCAGCCCUGCAGGCAACUAAACCUCUACCAGUCCUGCUGUAACUCCAGAUCCAAGAUCACCGUCAAACAGCUGAGCAGCCAGCAGUGAUAAUGGACCCAAACCUCAACAACAAGAGAAAAAAGAGUCCUGGACCGGUUUACCUGAGGCUCCUUCACUCUAGAUUCUGCUAAGCCUUCUAUCCACAAAGUCAUUUCAUGGCUGGGAUUCGGCGCUUCCUGAUCACUUGCUGACAAAUGUUUGCUGAAACCGUCCGCCUGAAGGAGCAUUGAAAAGACAAAAAAAAAAGCAACCUUGGCUGCAGACUGCGAGCAGUUUGUGUGUCUGUGGUUAGGUCUGUAAUCAUGGGGAAAGAACAGGAUCUGCUGGUUGCAGUGAAGAGUGGAGAUCUUCUGCUGGCGCACAAACUUCUCUCCAAAGUCAAGUGCAACAAAACAAAGUUGCUGGGCUCCACCAAGAAACUCAACAUCAACUACCAAGACUCAGAUGGCUUCUCCGCGCUGCACCAUGCCGCUCUCACGGGCACCACCGAGCUGCUGUCUCUGCUGCUGGAGGCCCAGGCCACGGUGGAUAUCAAGGACAUCAACGGCAUGCGUCCCCUCCACUACGCAGCAUGGCAGGGUAAAGCAGACUCUGUCUUAUUGUUGCUGAGAGCUGGAGCUUCAGUCAACUCCCCUUCCCAUGACGGACAGAUACCGUUACAUCUCUCUGCUCAGUAUGGACACUACGAGGUGUCUGAGAUGUUGUUGCAGCACCAGUCUAACCCCUGCCUGAAGAACAAGGCAAACAAGACUCCUCUAGAUCUGGCCUGCGAGUUUGGGAGACUCAAGGUGGCUCAGUUGCUGCUCAGCAGUAACAUGGUGACAGCGCUGUUAGAAGGGGAGGGAGGGCAAGACAGCAUGGAAUCUCCGUCCACCACCCCCCUCCACCUGGCAGCCAGGAAUGGACACAAAGACAUCAUCAAGUUGCUGCUCAAAGCCGGUAUUGACAUCAACAGAGCCACCAAAGCGGGGACGUCUCUGCACGAGGCUGCCCUCUACGGCAAAACCGAAGUUGUGCGACUGCUGCUCGAUGCGGGCAUCAAUGUGAACAUCCGCAACACGUACAACCAGACAGCUUUGGACAUUGUCAACCAGUUCACCACCUCCACAGCUAGCAGGGAAAUCAAACAGCUGCUGAGAGAAGCAUCAAGCUCUCUCCAGGUCAGAGCGGUGAAGGACUACUGGAACCUCCACGACCCAACCGCUCUCAACCUCCGGGCUGGAGAACUUAUUAUGGUCGUGGAGCAGCACUCAGACGGUCGUUGGAAAGGUCACAUCCAUGACACCCAGCGGGGGACGGACCGGGUGGGCUUCUUCCCCCCUUCAGUGGUGGAGGUCCUCAGCAGACGAGCAGGGGGCACUCUUUCCCGCCAAGCCUCAAUACCUUGCCAACGACAACACUUUGCAUCCAGAGCUCCCCCCUCAAGCUACGGCCCCGUCCCUCAGACUGACGACUCAUACACCCUUGGCCACGAUCCCACAGGUGACAGAAACAGUGUUGGCAGUGCGGGCAGCGUGGGCAGCAGCCGCAGCGCUGGCAGCGGCCAGAGCUCAGAGAGCGGCCACAAACAGAAUGGGACUCAAAAUCGCCACAAUGCUGACACUGGCAAGCUGGCUCCCUCUGCUGGUGAAUCUGGAGACCAUCUCCACAUUGUGGGAGCAGACCACAGCAAACAGGCGGAUGGGACCACAGGUGGUUCUCGACGGCAGGUCAACGGCACUCCUCAGAAAGGCUUCGUAAGGCCAGAACAGCUUCUGGAGGGCAAGGACUGUGAGGCCAUCUAUCAGUGGUUGUGUGAGUUCCAGUUGGAGCAGUACACGUCCAACUUCAUCAACGCGGGAUAUGAUGUUCCCACCAUCAGCAGGAUGACCCCUGAGGACCUGACAGCUAUCGGAGUGACCAAACCAGGCCACCGAAAGAAGAUCUCAAUGGAGAUUGGCAAGCUAAACAUCCCAGAGUGGCUGCCUGAUUACAUUCCUUCGGACCUGGGGGAGUGGUUGAGUAUGAUUGGACUGCCUCAGUACCAGAAGAGAUUGUGCGACAAUGGCUAUGACUCCAUCCCUAUUGUCAAAGACAUCACCUGGGAAGACCUGCAGGAGAUAGGCAUCACCAAACUGGGCCAUCAGAAGAAGCUCAUGUUAGCAGUGAAGAGACUCAGUGAUCUGCAGCGCGCUCGUAACCAUUCUGACAGAGCUGAAGGCGGGACUCUCCGACGGAAGCCCCCCACCGCCUUGGAACUAGUGGCCAUCGAACACACACCAUCACACAAUGUGCACGCUCUCGCUCGCUCUGACGCUUCUUCUGACACCUGCUGCCCCUCCCCUCGCACACCGAGGGCCCUCCUCUCCUUCCAGGACAGCGAGUUGAGCGCCGAGCUGCAGAGCGCUAUGAUGGGCAGGGCGGGAGGAGGUGCUGCCGAGGCGUUCGGCAUCAGAGGCAUGACCUCUGCUGCAGCUAUAUCUGCCAUGUCGGUCAGUCAGGAGAGCAUUAGCAUGCGAUCGCGGGGAUCAGGGAAUUCUGGGAAUUCAAAUUCAGUAUAUUCUCAAGACCACCAAGCUGCACAACCUUCAGCAAAGAAACCCAGCCGGUCAGAGGAGAGCCUGGGCUGUGGUGCGGGGGAGGAGGCCAAGCGUGGAAGAAGCAGUCCUGGAGGCAGAAGUAGACAAAGACCCACAGAGAUGUGGGAGCACCAGAGUCGGUCAGCUACCCCCAAUAAACUUCCCUUCUCCCCACUAACCCCUCCACUAACCCCCAGCAAGAUGCCUCGCUUUGCCUACCCAGCUAUCCCGCCCAAGGCCAAACACUUCCAGUCCCCUAGCCGCCUCUGUCAGCCUCAGCACCACCCGCCCUCCUCCCCUUCCUCUCCAUCCCCGCAGCCUUCGCCCACACAGAAGGCCUUCAGUUACCUCCACGCCCAGGCAGGAGGCAUCAACGGGGCUCACAAGCUCUCCAAGCCUCUACCUGGAGCUGUCCCUCUGCUGGGACCCCGACCUGGACAGGGCCAAGCUGAUGACACCCAGAGGGGUCCGCACAAGAAGCGCGCCCAAAGCCUGACUCGAUACGCUCUGUCCGACGGUGAGCCAGACGAAGACGACGACCUCGCUCCCCCCUGCACCUCUGCUUCCUCUGCAGUCAUGCCCUCCUAUGCCACCCUGUCGCGCAGGCCGGGACGCGGGCACACAAGUACCACAGGGACCCAACGCCAAAUCAACCGCAGCCACUCGUUCGCCGUGCGAUCCCGACGCAAAGGCCCACCCCCGCCACCGCCCAAGAGGAUGAGCUCGGUAAGCGGCAGCCCGGCACGCCAACCAGGGAAUGGGAAAGUGGCGGAGCCAGAGGCGAAAGGAGGGGUGUCGACGGAGAGCACAGGCAGUGUAAGGAGCAUCGCAGCCAGGCUAGAGGGAAGCAGCAGCAGUCCCUCCAGGAGGAUAGAUAUACCACCAACUCCCAUCCCAGUUUCACCUAUAUUCAGCCCUGUUUCCUCCCCGAUUUCAUAUGGGAUGGCGCCUCACACCAUCCUACAGCACUCCAAACCUGUCCCUGCUCUGGGCCUGGCGGGCCUCAGGAGGACAGGAAGCGAGAGGACAGAAGUAGAGACCGACAGACAAAGAAGUGGAGGCACAGAGGGAACACUCGAAGAGAAAGCAAGGAAAAGUGAAAGAAUAUCAAAGAGUGGUGCAGCUUCUUCAAAGCACAGCUCCGGUGACCACCUCCCUUUUGCUGAAGAAGGCAACCUCACUAUCAAACAGCGGCCCAGGAUAGCAGUUGUCCCCCGAGCAGACUUUGAAGUCAAGACCCCUCCUGAGGGUCCAUUACAGACCCCGAACAGCCUGGAACUCCCAGAGUUCAAUCUCAAAGAGUCGGACACGGUCAAAAGACGACACAAACCCAAAGACCCGUCGACACCUGAUGAGGCAACUACCCCGAACAGAGACGACAACCAUCCGCAAACCAAGAGUCUCCACACACACGAUGAUGUCACGCUGAGCGACUGUGAAUCUCAGAGGCCGGGGAUUGUGUUCCAGAGAGUAGGCUCCAUGGGGAAAGGCCCGAAGCUUCCAGUGUCCUCAAAACCUUCCAGUCCUCUCAAACAAUCCCCUGACAGCAAACCACCAACCCCCCAGAAAACAGUCCCUCCAGCGCAAGCUAGUGCACAAACCGCCAUUCCUAAACUAACCAGCGUACAGGUUCACACAGUUUCCCCGAAGCGGGGCGGCAGCAUCCACACACAGACAUGUAUGCCCAGUCCCAAACCAGUGAGACGCACACAGACAGUGAUGUCCAAGCCAGAGAGUCCACAGAAAGCUGCUGGUUUGUCUGUAUCAAGACUCCCUCAGCCCAGCAUGGCCUCGGCGUCAACGGCAGUUCCGAACCUAACCAUGGUCCAGGGCGUUGCGUUCGCUUCUCCGUCCUCCCCAGCUUCGGCCCAUUCAUACCCCACCUCGGCCCUACCGGCUCAGGAAGGGAGAACAGGGCCACCCCAGGCUGGUGCGGCCGGUCCGGAGGUGCUGGCUCAGAAGAGGCUGGAGCAAACCAGCACGUCACUGGAGGCUGCUCUCAAAGUGGUGGAGAACAAACUGGCCUACGGGAGCUGCGUGGACGGUGGCAGCAGCACAGUGAAGGCAGCAGGAAAUAUUCUGGAUGACAUUGGCAACAUGUUUGACGACCUGGCUGACCAGCUGGACGCUAUGUUGGAGUGACAUCCCCAAACUCUGCCUCACAGGAGAAGCGAGAAGCCAUCAAAACAGGAGAUCAAGAUGGAUCUUUGAUGCUGGUAAGAACAGAGGCAGAGGACUCAGCACCUCUUCAUGGCUCUGGAUGAAUCAAUAAGUGCACAUUUGAGGAUUUCCUGCACAACUUUCCCUCAAUAUUGCCCAGUUUUUCAACGCAAGCACUUCGCCUUAGGACACACACUUGGGAAUGUUAUUGGAGCAACAACAAACAGCAGCUGCAAGAUCGGCUUCCAGAUGUCUGUGUUCAGUGUAUUAUCACUAAAUGAAUGAGGGUCCAUUUUAUUCACGUUACCUGUAAAUGUGUAGAUAAGUCUAUGGUGGCGCUGUGUAUGUGUGUAGGCAGAUAUCUUUAUACUGAGUAUAUUUAUACUUAUGUUUGUUUUUAACAAAUGGAGUUCCUAUUGACUUAAAUCAUUCUAGUGUUCAUCAAUACUGUUAUAUAUAUUUUGCUGCUUGUUGUCUAUAACAUGGGGAAAAUAUUGUUUAUUGUAAUAAAAGCAGCAUAUUCCAUAUUAGAUUUGAUUUUACACGUUUUUACCAAAGUCUUUUAUCCUCUUGAAGAGGCACAUUAAGGGGUCGGCACAAAGUGAGGAAUCGUCCUUUUUUAAAAACAUUUUUAAAGAGAUGUCUAUCAGGUGCGACUUGCUGUGAGGUAAAGUGGAGACUGUCGAGACUGUGGAGCUCAGUCCACCUCCCACUAACAGCUUGGAAGGUUUUACAGCUCGCCUCCGGGUGCUUUGAAGUGAAUUUACUGUAAGUGUGCAGUUUCUAAAGAAUGGGGGAUGCUUUAAUCAUUUCAACAGUGGCCUGUUACAAAGCAUUUCAAGUAAGAUCAACCUUCUGAAAGACUAUGACUGAACACUGUAAGGGAUGAACACAGCGCAGUGUAUGGAGUCUCGAGUGUGCUACAGGAAUAAUCAAAGACUUUCACAUGUUUAUUAAAUAAAUUAAUAAAUUUUUUACAUUGUUUUUUAUUGUAUGUCUCUAUUUGUUACACCAUUUAGUACUGUGUCGCAAUAUCAUAUUUCAAUUUUACAAUGCUUUACUGUGGGCUCCGCAAACAUGAGCGUAGUUGCUCCCUGCUAGAUAACUGGCUCACUGGUCUGUGGAAACCCAACCUAAUCACUUCCCUUUCAGCCUUCUAUCAAAACACACCAAUAUUUAGAUAAUUAAUGUAUUUAUAUAGACCAGACGAAUAUACAAAGCAAGUCAAACAGUGGCGACAUACAGCCACUAUGUUUUAAUACUAAAACUUUAGCUUUUUGAAAAUGAUUAAGGUUGGAAACUUUAACCAAAACCAAAAUUUUAUUCUUAAUUUAUCAUUUAGAGACAUAAGAUAAAAUAGAAUUAUUGAUUGGAACUUUAACAAUGGUUUUAUUAUUUUUUACUUUGUGUAAAUAGUUUUAUCAUGCAUCGUUUAAAUAAUUUUGGCACACUCCAGACUCUAUAGAAGAGCAGGGACCUCUCUCAGAGCAAUUAGCGGGUUAGGCAGCUGUAUUUGGGGUAAACUCUGGCUUACUCUUGGAUUGGUAAACCCAGUUAACAGAACCUGUCGUUAACAAGCUUUGUGAGACAAGUUUAGUUCAGGAUCAACAGUGUUAGGUUUAUUGUAUUAAUAUUCCUUUACUUUUGUUUACCUAUCCCUUGUUUCCACACACCUUAUAGAGUAUUCACUGCACAAAGAGAUGCUCUUACUAUUAAUUCAUCUGACUCUACUGCAAUCAUUGAACCAAUGCCAUACACUUAUUGUGCAGUUGAAUGCCUGUGUGUGAGCCAUCCUCUUUCAAUGAGGCAAGUAAAGAAAAGCAAUUAUCUACAGCCUACAUUUGUCCAACAAAUGCACUCUUUGAUUUUUUUAGUUUUUGAGUUCUUUCAAUGCUUUUGCAGGGAGGAUAUUUGGCUCUACUGUAAGCCAUGGAGUAAAGGAAUUUUUACAUCAAAACAAAGUUUUAGCACCAUUGGUUCCUCUGUUUUAUUUUGGUGGAUGCUGUUACUUUGUAUGAAUAUUUCCACUGAAUUCUGUGUCAACCUGGAAAUCAUUAAAAGGACAAUUUUUACUA